CUACGUAUACGCGCUGCUAAUUGCCUUUUUUUUUUUACAAUUUUAUUAAGUCGAAGAUAUCGCCGUACCACGGGGGUCGCGCGGGUGUUUGUGUGUAAACUGAUUAGAUAGAAUCGAGGCUUUGCAAAAAAAAAUGCUAGUCAUCAACACAAUCAGAAAUUCAGCGAGGCUGACGCUGCGUAAUGCUUGGCUACGAAAUAGUUUGGCCAGCAGAACUGGACCAACAAAUUUCUCGCGCACUUUCUCGCUGGGUCUGACACUUAGGCAACAAGAUGUCGUGAAUGUGACCUUCGUGAGAGCGAACGGCGAAAGGAUUAAGUCUUCCGGCAAAGUGGGUGACUCGCUGCUGGACGUUGUGGUGAACAACAAUGUAGAUCUUGACGGAUUUGGCGCCUGCGAAGGCACCCUGACCUGCUCCACUUGCCAUCUUAUUUUCAAAGUUCCCGACUACGAGAAGUUGCCCGAUAAGCCCGGUGACGAGGAGCUCGACAUGUUGGAUCUGGCCUACGAAUUGACGGACACCUCACGUCUGGGCUGCCAAAUAACGCUGACCAAGGAAAUGGACGGGCUCGAGGUUCAGGUGCCGGCGACAAUAAACGAUGCACGCGCUGCGUAGACGUUCGUACCCGACGAUUGUUACAAUUUGUUACUUUUUGAGUGCUAUUUCGUUUAGUUAACCUAUUCAUAGACGAUUAUUCAAAGAAAUCUUUUGUAUUGCAUGUCCCAACGGACACUAACAAGCUCAGGCGUCUAUUAUAGAUUCGUGCAUAAAUGAAUUUGAUUGUAUGCUAGUUGAUUUUUGGCAAUGUAUAACAGUUUUUAGGUAUACAGGAACAAAGAGAAAUGUAAA